AUGUCGUUGGCGGAGGUUGAUGCUGUAGAUGCGGACUCUACUAACUCCUCGUCCUCUCUCUCCCUCUUUGUGCAUUGUAGUCGCACCACCUCUUCCACUUCUUCAUUCAAGGGUACACCUCUGUCUAUUCACAUUCAGCUGGUGGAUCCACCGACACUAUACGAGGCUGACGUCGCUUCCUCUCACAAGCCGCGGGCACUCGAUUGCUCAGGCACUGAAUAUGUCGCAGCGGUGGAGUCGGCAUUGAUGGCGUCAUCAUCGGACCAAUCAUCUCGCUUUGAGUUUCGGUGGUCGAAGCAAAAACGAUCGUUGACGCUCAUGGAGCGCGCAGGAUUUGCCAUGAAAUUCUGCGCUAUCGAGUUUCAAGCGUCGGAAGAUGUGGCAACGUGGCGAGAAUUGUUGCAUCAGGUGGCAACGCAAGAGAGAGAAAAUUCAAAAUUGAUACUGGAGACAGAAAAUAAAGUCAAACAUUGUGAGACGGUGUUGAAACAGAAGGAGACGUUGCUGGAGACGGCAUUGAUAGCCAAACAGAAGGUCGAGGACGAAUUGUUCCAGGGUUUCUGUGCUGUAUUGAAUACCAAGAAAGAUGAGAUACGGAGACUGCAAUUUGAAAUUGAGAAGGUUCAGGACAUGCACAAGUAUGAGAUGCAACCGAUGAAGAAAAGGAAAGUUGUGGCACCGAAAGGGAACAAGAAAGCGACAGGGGCAAAAUUAAAGAGGAAGAUGGAGGAGGAGAAGGAGGAGGAAGAAGACGAAGAGAUGAGUGAUGGGUCCAAUGAGGGUAAUUGUGUAGCUCGUGAGGAGGAUGACGAUGACAAUGAUGAGCUAAAACGUGCAAAGAACGACGCAAUUAAUGCGUAUAGUGCUCUACCACCGAAUUUGCGGUCGAGUUCGGUGCAGAUUAGCUCUGCGGAAGACGUGCUAUCGCGUAUGGAUGACAUUAUUAAGAAUGAAGAGGAGGAGGAUGAAGUGACUCAGAGAGAAGGGAAUAGUCGAUGUGGCAGGGCUGUAAUCUCUGAGCCGACACAGCCGCGAACGAGAAAGACCGCAGCUUUGAAGGUUGAGCCGACGCUUGUGCCACAAUCUGAAUCAGAGAAGACGUUGUGUCCAGUAUCACAAGUCGAUGAAGCAAUGGAUUUAGAGGAGGAGGAUAUCCUUGAUAUGCUGUCGUAG